ACCGAAGGGAAGGAGGAAAAAAAAAAAAACCCACAAAACCAAACGGGACCAGAGCGGCGAACCACCUCCCAACCCCAGAAAAACCGUAACGCGCAGAGAGCAGCGGAGCAGAGGCGAUCCCCAUUUCGAUUUUAUUCAAAAAAAGGAAGGCCGACGAGCCCUCCUCGCGCCGCCGCCGCCGCCGACGCCGGGGAAGACGAAUCCGAUGUUGUCCGACCAGGAGCUGGCCCGGUACGUGGAGUCGUUCGUGCGACAGGCGGCGGCCGUGGCGGGGGGAGCCGCCGGGGGGAUAUCGGCGGAGUCCGUGGCGCGCCAGCUCGGCCCGCAGCUCGGGCUCGACCUCACCCCGAAGGCGCCGCUCAUCCGCGACAUCCUCGUCGCGCUCUUCGCGCCGCCGCCGACGGCGGCGGCGGCGGGGUCGCGGAAGGACCCGUUCGGCCCCGGCUUUCCCGCGGUGUCCUCCUCCGCGGCCUCCGCCUCCGCCCCGGCCCCCGCGGCCGGCGGCGGCGGGGGGGCACACUUCUUCUCCCAGCACCAGCACCAGCAGCAGCAGCAGCUGCAGUCGUUCCUGUCCGCCUCGCAGCAGUACCAGCACCGCGGCGGGGCGCCCCCCUCGCCGUACGACGUGCAGGCGCCCUUCCGCUACGGGCAGCCGCAGCCCUUCCCGCAGGACGGCGGGGCGCAUCUGCAGAGGCUCGUCCAGCUGCAUCAGCAUCAGCAUCAGCAGCAGCAGAUGGCAGCGGUGGCGGCGGCGGCCACUGCGCCCACGGCUGUCGAGAGUCCUCGUCCGGCGGCGCCGCCGGCGGCCACGAAGAAAGAGAGUGGGAGUACUGGAGUAAAGCGAAGAGGUGGUCCAGGUGGGCUAAACAAAGUUUGCGGUGUUUCUCCUGAGCUGCAAGCUAUUGUUGGUGAACCAACCAUGGCUAGAACUGAGAUCGUUAAGCAGCUUUGGGCAUACAUUCGCAGGAACAACUUGCAAGACCCAAACAAUAAGAGAAAGAUUAUAUGUAAUGAUGAGCUGCGUUUAGUCUUUGAGACAGACAGCACUGAUAUGUUCAAGAUGAACAAACUUUUAGCUAAGCAUAUAAGACCACUUGAGGCAGCAAAACAUUCAAAUCGGGAUUCGAAGAAGUUGAAGCCUGUCGACAGCGAACCCAUUUCUCCUGCUGAGACUGAUGUUAACCAGCUUCCAAUUAUUGUAUCCGAUGCUCUUGCAAGCUUUUUUGGGACUGGAGAAAAAGAGAUGCCCUCUUCUGAGGCUGUUAAGCGUGUUUGGGACCACAUCAAAAGCAAUAAUUUAGAGGAUCCAGCGAAUCCCGCCAUGAUAUUGUGCGACUCAAAACUUAAACAACUCUUUGGAUGUGAAAGUCUAACUACCGUGAGUGUCUCAGAGUUGCUGUCACACCACCUUUUCAAGCAACCUAACAGCUCUAACUGAUGAAUCAUCUUACUGGACUCUAGUUGGUCUAACAUCCAAGUAGUAGGCGCUGAUGAAACAACAAAAAAUGCUGAAAGUGUUUAUUCUAUAUUUUGUAUCCAUCAAACUGAUUUACUUAUGAGAAAAGGCUGUAGGCUAAUCUCUUCACAGUAGCAAGGAAAAAGAAUGAUAGUUGUUGCAUAUUAUGUAGUUGAGUCUUCUUGGAAGGGUCACAUGUGGUAGGCUAUCUUGAAUUUCUAGUUUGUUAAAUACUGAGUAGAAAGCAGCACCGAAGCAAAGUAAAAGCUGUUGAACUUUGUUUGAUGUAAAAUUCUGCAAGCAUAGGUGCGUUUUAUGGUAAGUAGUUGCUUUCACCUUUGUUACUUGAAAGCCUCUUACAUUUUUAGUGCUCUUGUUAAACGACAUCUGUGCUCCCUAUAUUAUGUUGUCGGUGAUGCUUAAUUUAAUUUACAAUUUAGAUUGUCAUCAAUGCAUUAA